AUGGCUACCACCAUGAACAAGAAGAAGAAGUUUGUGGCGGACGGCGUGUUCUACGCGGAGCUGAACGAGCUGCUCACGCGCGAGCUGGCGGAGGAGGGGUACUCGGGCGUGGAGGUGCGCAACACGCCCAUGCGCGUCGAGAUCAUCAUCCGCGCCACGCGCACGCAGAACGUCCUCGGCGAGAAGGGGCGGCGCAUCCGCGAGCUGACGUCGGUGGUGCAGAAGCGGUUCAAGUUCAAGGAGGGCACGGUGGAGCUCUACGCCGAGAAGGUCCUCAACAAGGGCCUCUGCGCCGUCGCGCAGGCGGAGUCGCUGCGCUACAAGCUGCUCGGCGGGCUCGCCGUGCGCCGCGCGUGCUACGGCGUGCUGCGCUUCAUCAUGGAGAGCAACGCCAAGGGCUGCGAGGUGAUAGUGAGCGGGAAGCUGCGCGCGCAGAGGGCCAAGGCGAUGAAGUUCAAGGACGGGUACAUGAUCUCGUCCGGUGGGCCCGUGCGCGACUACAUCGACUCCGCCGUGCGCCACGUCAUGCUGCGCCAGGGAGUGCUGGGCAUCAAGGUGAAGAUCAUGCUGCCGCACGAUGCCACUGGCAAGGCUGGUGUUGUCCGCCCUCUGCCCGACCAGGUUACCAUUCACACGCCCAAGGAUGAGGACGAUGCUCUCUUCAAGCCUGUUAUUGGCAAGGAGGCUGAAGCUCUGGUUGUGAUGGAUGUUGAAAUUCAAAUGCUUCACCUCGAAUCAGAAACGCUGACUACCCACUUCGUGCAGCUGAGGACUAACCAUAACCAAAUAAAGAUUGCCAUGAGUGCAGCCGUAGACGUUUCCGCCAAAUUGCGAAAUAUCCUCAGCGUAAUGGCUUUCUCACAACAGCGUCUAGCGCUGUCCCGUCCACCGUCUUCGCCUCGGUUGAGUAAGGUCGCGGCUCCUCUCAUCCUCUCGCUCCUGCUCCUCCUCCACCACUCCCCGCUCAUCUCCGCCGCUACCUCUUACGGCGGCGUUCUGCCUGCUGCCAAUACGCUCGCAUCCCCGUACUCCCUUCACAACGGCUGGUUCGUUUUCUGGCUGUGCACUUAUAACGAGGACCCCGACACGGGCGAAGUGUCUUUCACCCCGUUCUGGUUCAACGGGUUUCAGGAGGACUUUCCGAGUCCCAUGGAUGCUGCGCUGCCGCCGCUGGGAUUCUACGCCGUGAACGGAAACUGCGAGUACAUGGUUGACUCCUCGUGCAACAUCGUGCAAAAAGACUUGGAGUGCGACGGCUGUUGCUAUCUGAACCCGCGCCCUGCCGUCUGGAAGCAGGUCACGUGCUUCGGCAGGCUGAGCGAGAAGUGCAACUACCGCAUUGCACCUCUCUCCGGCACCUGCGGGGAGCCUGCAAACGACACCAUCAACUGCAACGUCUGCAACUUCACCUCUUAG